UCAUGAUUCACCACGCUGCUCAGGGCUCAGUUGACAGGUGCAAGACAGCCGCGGCUCAUGGAGCCCUCGGAUGCCGUGGAGCUCGCGGCGAGGCUACAGUCCCCGGCGUGGCUACAGUCCCCAGCUUGCCGGCCCGUCCCCCACAUUCCGGACUGGCAUCUGAUGCAGCGAACGGGGAAACGAGCAAAGUAAUAUCUCACGGCCUGGCUGGAUUCUGUACUUUUGGAAGACUCCUCAGUCGUCAGGUUCCUCCCUCUUCCACAUCUCGCCAUGGACUUCACCCACACCAACGGCGUCAACGGCGACAGCGCCAACCUGCCCCAAGAUGAGACCCGCCCGCUCAACAUCACAAUAGUCGGCGCAGGCAUCGGCGGCCUCUCCGCAGCCAUCUUCCUGCGCCAGCAAGGCCACGCCGUGACGCUCCUCGAGCAGUCCCGCUUCGCCAACGAGCUGGGCGCCGCCGUGCACCUCGCCCCCAACGCCAACGGACUGCUCCGCCGCAUGGGCCUGUUCCCGGAGAAGCUCGGCGCCGUGGCCGCCAGGAAACUGAGCCAGUGGCUGCCCUCCGGCAAGGAGCUGUUCAGCAUCCCCCUCGAGCGCGAGGCCCACCGCUGGCAGCACCCGUGGCAGCUGGCGCACCGCGUCGGGCUGCACUCGGAGCUGAAGCGGCUGGCGACCACCGAAGACGGCGCGGGCCGGCCGGCGGUUCUGCACACGCGGUCGCGGGUUGUUGAUGUAGACACGGCGGCGGGCACGGUCACGCUCGCGAGCGGCGAGGUGGUGCACGGCGACGUCGUGAUUGGCGCCGACGGCGUGCACUCGCAGACGCGGCCGCGGAUUCCCGGCGCAGAGAACAUCAAGACUUUUGGCUCGGGCAAGAGCGCGUUCCGCUUCCUGAUGCCGCGGGAGCGGGCGCUGGCGGAUCCCGAGACGCGGAAGUUCGCCGAGCACGAGGGCCAUCUGAUCAUGAUCUUUGGCCGCGACCGCCGCGUCGUCGUGUAUCCCACGUCGGACAACACGCUGCUGAAUUUCGUCAAUAUCCAUCCCACGGCGGAGUCGCAGAUCAACCCUGACGAGCCGGGCAGUGGUGACUGGCAGAAUCAGGGUAAUAUUGACAAGAUGCUGGAGGUGUAUAAGGACUUUGAGCCUGCGGUGCUGAAGCUGCUUAGUAUGGCGGACGAAGACACGUUGAAGGUGUGGGAGUUGCUCGAUAUGGAGCAGCUGCCGACCUGGACACAUGAGAAGUUGGUUCUCAUCGGUGACGCCGCACACCCCUUCACGCCUCACCAAGGCCAGGGCGCUGGACAAGCCAUCGAGGAUGCUGCCUCACUCGCUGUUAUGCUGCAGAGAGGUACACCCCUGAGUGCCAUCCCAGACCGCCUGAAGCUCUACCAAAAGUGCCGCUUCGAACGCGCCUCCUACAUCCAGGAGAUCUCCCGCAUCGCCGGCAUGGACCUUGGAUCCGGCCCGCCCCUCGACUCCUCCCGCUUCACAGCCUACAACUUCGGCCACGACGAAUGGGACCACUCCAGCCACAUGCUACGCCAACACCAGUGGACCGCCACCAAAUCCCUCCUCUGGCGCAUGCCCACCGCCUUCGGCCCCAUGCCCGGCCCGCGACAAGACCACCACGGCCGCGCCCGCGACGGUACAAAAGCGUCCUUCAAAACGACCAGCAUCCGCUUCAAAACCAGCCGCACGGUGCUGCAAACCCUCCUGCCCUCGCCCGCCUUCUCCUUCGCGUCCCCCGACACCAUCGCCCACGCCACCCUCGCCACCACCCAGCUGGGCAACCUCGCCUGGCUGGGCGGAAGGGGCUACACGCACUUCGGGCUGUACAUCCACGGCGUGACUUACACAGCCGCCGACGGCACGGUCACAACGGGCACGUAUCUCCCCGUAUUGUUCGAGAACCUGGCCGAUCCCAUCGUCAGCGGCCGCGAGGAACUCGGGUUCCCGAAGCUGUUCGCGGAUCUCGCGGUCUCCCACGACGAGGAAAAGGGCACGUGGGCACUGAGUGCGAGCUGGAUGGGGUCCGAGUUCGCCACUGUCUCGGUGUCCGGGCUCGCGGCGCAGGACGCCACCCAGAACCCAAGUGCAGGUGCAGAUGACGGCGGUCUGCUGGUCCACAAACACAUCCCCGCCUCCGCGGCCUCCCACCGCGGCCAAGCCGACGCAGAGUACACCCUGCACCUCCCCCCCUCUUCCCCCACCGCGUCCUCACCCGCGCGCAACGUGACCACGACACUAGUAGCCCAAGACGCGACCCUCGCGUUCGAUGCACUAGAUUGGGAUGCGCUGCCCACGCUGCACCACGUCGUUGCGCGGCUGCAGGAGGUGCCUGUGUACGGGGUUGUGAGCGCGGUGGUGGAGGAGGGGGAGGGGGUGGGGGAUGUGGGGGGGUUGGUGAGGGUUGGUUGA